AUGAAGGUCACCACCGUUGCUAUGGCCACUAUGGCCGCAGUUGCCUCUGCUGCACCUACCGCUCAACCUGCCGCCGCUCCUGAACCUGCUUUCUCCUCUUGGGGUAAGAAGUACAACCCUCACCUCUGGAACGGCUGGGGCGAUGCUCCCGGUCAGGUCUACCGUCGUGAGGCCGACCCAGCAUUCUCAUCCUGGGGCAAAAAGUACAACCCUCACCUCUGGAACGGCUGGGGUGAUGCACCUGGCCAGGUCUACCGCCGUGAAGCUGAAGCUGAUCCUGCUUUCUCGUCUUGGGGCAAGAAGUACAACCCUAAGCUCUGGAACGGCUGGGGUGACGCUCCCGGCCAGGUCUACCGCCGUGAGGCUGAGGCUGACCCAGCCUUCUCCUCGUGGGGCAAGAAAUACAACCCUCACCUCUGGAACGGAUGGGGUGAUGCUCCCGGACAAGUCUACCGCCGCGAGGCUGAGGCUGAGGCCGACCCUGCCUUCUCUUCUUGGGGCAAGAAGUAUAACCCCAAGCUCUGGAACGGCUGGGGUGACGCUCCCGGCCAGGUCUACCGUCGCGAGCCGGAGGCCGCUGCCACCACCACCGAGGCUGCCGCAACCGAGACUGAGACCGCUGAGGCCAAGUAA